UCACUAUUUAUCACCAUAAAUUGUGUAAUGCUUCGUUUAGACAUAUGAGAUAAAACUAUCAUAGUGUUAAAAUGUUAAAACAUGAUUCACUUGAUCUACCUUACGAGCCGGAUGCUCCGAGCUCUUCGAGGGACCAAAAUAAUAACCGCGGGAUGUCAGAAGAGAUCUAUGGAGAUUAUUUGACAACUUCUGCAUCGUGGAGAAUGAGGACUUUCUUUAAUAAAGUUCUUAACCGUUCAAAUUCAGACAAAAUGGCCGAGUUUUUAAUAAGCGGUGAGACCAGCUAUGUACCAGAGGAUGGAUUAACUGCUGCACAACUACUAAACACUGGAGAUGGACUGACUUACAAUGACUUUCUUAUUCUACCCGGCUUCAUUGACUUCACUGCAUCAGAAGUUGAUUUGACUUCAGCUUUGACAAAGAAAAUUUCAUUAAAGACUCCCUUGUUGUCGUCACCCAUGGACACAGUUACUGAAUCAGACAUGGCAAUUGGGAUGGCUCUAAUGGGAGGAAUGGGUUUCAUACAUUACAACUGCACACCUGAGUUUCAAGCUGCUGAAGUUCGCAGAGUCAAGAAAUAUGAACAAGGUUUCAUCCAAAAUCCUGUUACACUGGGACCGAAAGCGACAGUUAGAGAUGUUACUGAUGUGAAAGCAAUGUACGGAUUUUCCGGGAUUCCAGUUACUGAUGAUGGUACACCAACAGGAAAGUUGAUAGGUCUUGUUUCAUCUCGAGAUUUUGAUUUCUUGAAACCUGAAGAAUCAAACACCCCUCUUGAACAGGUGAUGACGGGCAGAGAUAAACUAAUUACAGCUGAUACAUCAGUUACAUUGCAAGAAGCCAACCAUAUAUUAUCACAAAGUAAAAAAGGAAAGCUCCCGAUAGUCGAUGCAGAUGAUCGUCUUGUUUCUCUCAUCGCUCGAACUGAUCUUAAGAAGAACCGAGAAUUUCCUCUUGCAUCCAAGGAUGAAAGGAAGCAGUUGUUGUGCGGAGCAGCGAUCUCCACCAGGGAGGAGGACAAACAUCGUCUUGAACUCCUCGUGGAAGCAGGAGUGGAUGCUGUUAUCCUGGAUUCAUCUCAAGGGAAUUCAAUUUAUCAAAUCAACUCGAUUCGUUACAUUCGGCAUAAAUAUCCACAUUUGCAAGUCAUCGCUGGUAAUGUUGUAACUGCUGCCCAAGCCAAGAAUUUGAUUGAUGCCGGGGCCGAUGCAUUGAGGGUUGGAAUGGGUAGUGGUUCCAUAUGUAUAACACAGGAAGCAAAGUCUCGUCUAGCAGAAUCCACGGUUUCAGGAUCUUUCAUGAUGGCUGUAGGCAGACCACAAGCAACUGCCGUGUACAAAGUAUCAGAAUAUGCUCGAAGAUUCAACGUACCAGUUAUAGCAGAUGGCGGAAUACAAAAUGUGGGUCAUGUCACUAAAGCUCUGGCACUUGGUGCAUCUACAGUGAUGAUGGGUUCUUUGCUAGCAGCAACCACAGAAUCACCUGGAGAAUAUUUCUACUCUGACGGAAUAAGAUUAAAGAAAUAUCGUGGCAUGGGGUCAGUCGAUGCCAUGGAAUCGUGUAAAUCAAGCCAAAGCCGAUAUUUCAGUGAAAAGGACAAGAUUCGUGUUGCGCAAGGUGUGUCAGGUGCAGUGCAGGACAAAGGAUCCGUUCAUACUUUCCUACCAUACUUGAUAGCUGGCAUACAACAUGGGUGCCAAGAUAUCGGCAGCAGAAGUAUGCCCAUGUUAAGAUCAAUGAUGUAUAGUGGUGAACUUAAAUUUGAACGAAGAAGUACUUCUGCUCAAGUUGAAGGUGGUGUCCAUGGUCUUCAUUCAUUCGAAAAGCCUCACCUGUGAAGGAGGUGUAAUAACAUCAUGCUGCACCACCGAGUCCAAAAGACUUUUGUAAACAUAGUUCCUUACUGAUGUAUCUACUGGUGUGUUUCUAAUCCUUAUCUAUGGUACUUCAAUGAAUUUUAAUUCUUUUUCAAAAUAAUGUUAAAACCCCUAGAAAGGUUAAAUGAGCUGCCUAGUAAUCUGACUGCUUACUGCCUAGUAUUACCUCUAAAUCAGUGUUUUUCUGAAACAUUCACUACUUGGGGCAUUUUCAUGAAACUUUUUAAAAAGGAUUGUCACCUGUAUUCCCCAUGAAAUGAUUGCAUCAAUUUUCAUAGAAGUUUUUAAUGUAAUGUAUAAGAACUGUAUGCUACGCAACAAAUUGCCUGAAAACACAGACUUCCUCAAAAUUAAUUGUUAAAUAGCUUCUGUUAUAUUAAAGCAGUGCUUCUGAACUAUUUUUGGCUGCUUCCAAAAAAAUAUUUGCUAAACAAUGGCCACCCUAAAAUUUGAGCAUACUUACAUAACACAACUUUACAUCAAAAAAUUAUCUUAAAGUUUUGAUCUUAAUAAAUAAAAUGGCAUCUCAGUUGCAGCCUAGGGGUUGAGACGCACUGUGGUAAAGUAAAUGCCAUCUAAUUGUCACUGAUUUUGCAGUAUAAGCGAUGACAUAAUGUUUUGGUGCAUUCCAUAACAGUCUGUAAUAUAACUGCUGUGUUGAAAAUCUGAUCCAAGUUUUUAUUCUCUGUGGAAGUUGUUGUUUUUGUUGACAAUAAUAAUGCUCGUUACAUGGGUGGGUUUUAGUGUUAGAAAUAUUGUGAUAUGAAGAUUGAAAACUGUUACCGUGAUUAAUCUGUUUAUAAUUAUGUAUAUUUGCUGCCACCUAACGACCGUUAACACUUGUAACGGCGAAGGUUGUUGCUCCCAUAUUGCGCAAAUAAAAUCUCUUCCAUCAAUA